AUGGAUAUGUUUAAAAGAAAAGUCAAAGAAUGGGUGUAUUCUCUCAGCACUGACGACCACUAUGCAGAGUAUAACCCCGACCAAUCCCCCACUUUCAACAUGGGCAAACGUCUGGACAAUAAUAAUGGGCAAGCCAAUCCCUCCCAAAUGCAUCUGAAUAGCGUGGAUGAAGAAAUGAGCAUGGGAUUCCAAAACGGUACGACAUCCAAUGACGAUAUAAAUAUUGAUGAAUUUACUUCCGCGGACUCUAAUGACGGUGUUUCCGAAGCUCUCUUGGCUUGGAGACACAUCGAAUUUUGGACUAGUGAACACAAUCCAGACUUAAAUGCAACUUUGAGUGACCCUUGCACCCAAAACGAUAUCACUCAUGCUGAGGAAGACUUGGAAGUUAGCUUUCCCAGUUCGGUGAAGGCCUCCUUCAGAAUUCACGACGGGCAAGAAGAUUUGGAGUCGAUGACCGGUACUUCAGGCUUGUUUUAUGGACUCGAAUUAAUGACUUUAGAUCAGGUUGUAGCCAUGACUCAAGCUUGGAGAAACGUCGCAAAGAAUUUGAACAAAAGAUCCCAACAAGGCUUGUCACACGUCAAAUCCACGGGUUCCUCUUCAUCCAUGGAAAGACCACUCAGUAACAAGUUCAAGUUACCAAACAUCCCAGAUCAAAAAUCUAUUCCACCAAAUGCUGUACAACCGGUAUAUGCUCAUCCAGCUUGGAUCCCAUUAAUAUCGGAUAAUGCUGGUAACCAUAUCGGUGUAGACUUGGCACCCGGUCCCAACGGUAAAUAUGCUCAAGUCAUAACAUUUGGUAGAGACUUUGAUACCAAAUUCGUUGUUGCCGGAAAUUGGGGAGAGUUCUUACUAUUAUUUGCUAACGAUUUGGAAGCCGGUAAUUGGUAUUUGGUAGAUGACAACGAUGACUACUUUAGCGGUGAUGGUGAGUUGGUCUUUAGAGAUAAGAAAUCCAAUGGGCCCAUACAAGAUUAUUUUGAGGUUUUGAAAAGAAGAGCUUGGGUUAAAUACCAAGAAAACUUGAAGUUACAGCAACAGAAACCUCAACCUGAACCACCUCUUCAACAGCAAAAAUACGUGCCUGGCGCGCAAAAUAAACCGGAGGCGCCAGUGGCAAAUGAGCAACCUUCUACUUUUGGUGACGAAUCUAUAAAGGAUGAAGAUAUUGAUAGUGUAAACGCAAAAUCUAUCCAAAAUGGCGAAAUUCCAAAGCAUGCCACGAGCGCACCUAAUGAAACUUUAAGCUCCGCUGAAGUGGCAGCUGAGGCCAUAGAAACAGAGAAAAUCAGCCAAGUAGAGCAAGAAACCAAGGCCGAACAAAAGAACGACGAAGAACAAGAACAAGAACAAGAACAAGAACAAGAACAAGAAGCAGAAGCAGAAGCAGAAGCAGAAGCAGAAGAAGCAAAGGUAGAAGAAAGCGAAAAUGUUGAAGAUGAAGAUGUCGCUGAACCAAAAAAAGAUGAUAACGACAAUAACGAUAUAGGUGAAUUAACCGCCAAAGAGGGAGAAGAGGAAAAGAAAGAAGAAGAUGAUGAUGGUAAAGUUCGUAAAGUAAGAGAAGAAUUUGAAAACAUAGCCCUAUGA